AUGGAUCCAUUAGAUGCGUUCUUUGAUAAUUUAAAUGAAGAAGCUCCAAAUACAGCAAAAGCAACUGGAGUAGUUGAUGAGGAUGAAUUAUUAUUAGAAAAGGAAGAAAUCGAGAAAACUCCUGUUGAAAAACUUGAAUCAAAGAUUGAAAUUAAACAAGAAGAGCAAAGAUUACCAAUUAGAAAGAAUAUUUAUAUUCCAUCAAGCGAAAUAUCGUCUAAAAGUCAAACAGAUAUUGAAGAUUUACGUAAAAGACUUGGCAAUAUUGUUGUUCACGGAUUAAAUGUACUAUGCCCGAUAGUAAAUUGGACAGAUUGCGGUUUACCUGCACCAUUGAUGUCUCAUUUAAGACUUAGAGGUUUCAAACAACCAACUUCAAUUCAAUGUCAAGCAAUACCUUGUAUUUUAUCAGGCAGAGAUAUUAUUGGAUGCGCUGUUACAGGUUCUGGUAAGACACUUGCUUUCAUUAUACCAUGCUUACUGCAUGUUCUCGCUCAGCCUCCAACAGGACAAUAUGAAGCAGCUGCAGUUAUAUUAUCUCCAACCAGAGAACUUGCCUAUCAAACACAUAUUGAAUGCCAAAAGAUAUUCUCUCUUAUGGAUAAGAAAUCUGCUUGUUUAGUCGGUGGAAAUGAUAUCGAAAACCAAUUACGUGCAAUUAAGAAUGGAUCGAAUGUAAUUAUUGCUACACCUGGUAGAUUUAUUGAUUUACUUUCUAGUAGCGCAUUCAAUAUUAAAAAAGUAAGUUAUUUAGUUAUAGAUGAAGCAGAUAGAAUGUUUGAUCUUGGAUUUGAGCCUCAAGUUAUAAGGAUUGCAGAAAGAAUGCGCAAAGAUCGUCAAACAUUGAUGUUUUCUGCAACAUUUCCGCAUACAGUGGAAAGAAUUGCAAGAAAACUACUCCAAAACUCGAUAGAAAUUGUCGUUGGACUUAGAAAUGUUGUUACACCAAAUAUUAAUCAGUCAAUUUUGGUCACAAAUGAAGAUAAUAAAUUUAAUUCUUUAUUAAAGAUCUUGGGAGAUUAUACUACCCAAGGUCAAGCAUUAGUUUUCACAAAUACCCAGGAUAGAGCCGAAGAUUUGUUCGGAAAACUCAAUAAAAGUGGUUAUUCAGUUGGAUUGCUUCACGGAUCAAUGGAUUCACCAGAUAGGAACUCGAUUCUCCAUGACUUUAGAGAAGGAAGAUUUUCUGUCCUUGUUUUGACUUCUGUUGGAGCUCGAGGAAUUGAUAUAGCUUCAAUUAUUUGCGUAAUCAACUACGAUGCACCAGAUCAUGAAGCUGACUAUGUACACAGAGUAGGUAGAACAGGAAGAGCCGGAAAGAAAGGCUACGCGUUCACUUUUGUCACUGAUAAAGAUAAAACAGCAGCUGCUGGCAUCAAAAACGCGAUGAAGAAAAGUGGAUGUGAAAUUCCUAAAGACUUAGAAGACUUGUGUCAAGGUGUUAAAGCUCCUGGCCUUAAUGGUUUUUGGCGAGGAAGUGGAUUCAAAUUCGACAAAGAAGAAGCAAAAAGUUUACUUGCAUUGAGAAAAGCACAAAAUGAUGAUCCACUUCAACAAAAGGAAGAAGAAGAUCAAUGUGAAGAAGAAGCAAAAGAAAUCAUUGAAGACAAAAGUGUUCUUAAGGUCAAUGACAAUCUAUACAUCGGGGAAGCUAAUAUCAAUGAUUACACUAAGAAAGCAAGAGCGAGUGUUUCUUCUGCGGACAAUUUAAAUUCUGUAAUGGAUGAAACAGGAACAAUGAUCAUCCAAAAAGGAGUUUUCUGUCCACCAGGAGUGAAACCACUUGCUGGAGAAAGACGUUUGUAUUUGAGAAUAGAAGGAACUACAAAGUUUGCUGUACAAGCUGCAUUGAAUAGAAUCGAAGAAAUGGCAAAUGCUGCAGAUCCAAUCAAAUCUAAACUCAAAACAAAGUUCCAAUUAUAA